CCUUCCCCCCCUCCUCGCGCUCGCGCCGCUCUCGCGCUCCCUUUCCCCUCCCCCCUCCCUGUCAGUGCGGUGGCUGCGCUGGGAAACAUGGCGUCGGAGGGGAUGAUUUUAACCAACCACGACCAUCAAAUCCGCGUCGGGGUCCUCACAGGAUGGGUACCUGAUUUGGACCAAGCUAAGGCAACUAUGACUGAAGCUAUCAGAUCACAUCUGCUCUUAAUCAUUGUGAGCGACAGUUGUUUCAGGAACCUUGCUGAAGAUCGCAGUGGGAUAAACCUUAAAGAUCUGGUCCAAGACCCAUCUUUGUUGGGUGGGACUAUAUCUGCAUACAAGAUAGUGCCAGACGAAAUUGAAGAAAUCAAGGAGACACUGAUAGACUGGUGUGAUGAAAAGGAACUUAACUUGAUUUUGACAACUGGAGGAACAGGGUUUGCACCACGAGACGUCACUCCAGAGAAAUUCCCAACAUUCCCAUUUUGUGGGCUCCAGAGAGGGGCCACUAAAGAAGUAAUAGAGCGAGAGGCCCCAGGGAUGGCCCUGGCAAUGCUGAUGGGAUCACUUAAUGUUACUCCUCUGGGCAUGCUCUCUAGACCUGUAUGUGGAAUCAGAGGAAAAACUCUCAUAAUUAACCUGCCAGGCAGCAAGAAAGGGUCACAGGAAUGUUUUCAGUUUAUACUGCCAGCUCUACCUCAUGCCAUUGACCUUUUGCGGGAUGCCAUUGUAAAAGUAAAGGAAGUACAUGAUGAACUUGAAGACCUACCUUCACCGCCACCUCCUCUUUCUCCUCCUCCAACCACCAGCCCACACAAACAGACAGAAGACAAAGGUGUUCAGUGCGAGGAAGAGGAGGAAGAGAAGAAGGAUAGUGGAGUUGCCUCAACAGAGGACAGUUCUUCUUCACAUAUAACUGCUGCAGCCAUUGCAGCUAAGAAGCAUCCAUCCUACACCAGUUCUGCUGUUAUCAUGGCAAAAGGUGAACAGCCCAUCCCGGGUCUCAUCUGUUAUUCCCAUCACGCAGCAGGCAGUGCAGGAGAACCGAUUCCAGAUUCCAUCAUUUCUCGUGGUGUUCAGGUGCUCCCACGAGACACAGCCUCCCUCAGCACUACCCCUUCAGAAUCUCCUCGUGCCCAGGCCACCUCUCGUCUCUCCACUGCGUCCUGCCCAACACCAAAAUACCUACAGGGAAUGAGCAACUCUGACAGAUUGGAUCAGCUCCAGGCAGUUGACUCCAUGGGAGAGGAAUCUCAUCCUUCAAGUUUUCACAAGCAUUUGCCGCAAUUUAAGGUUUCUCCCUCCUCCCCCAAGAAGAUAGUUUUUGAUCUUCCACCAGACUUCAUCCCAAUGGUCCAGUCCAGGUGCAGCAGCAAGGAGAACAUCCUCAGAGCCAGUCACAGUGCUGUCGACAUUACCAAGGUGGCCAGAAGACAUCGCAUGUCACCAUUCCCAUUGACAUCUAUGGACAAAGCCUUCAUCACAGUUCUGGAGAUGACCCCAGUGCUCGGAACAGAAAUCAUCAAUUACCGAGAUGGAAUGGGCCGAGUUCUUGCUCAAGAUGUUUAUGCAAAAGACAACCUACCCCCCUUCCCAGCAUCAGUAAAAGAUGGAUACGCUGUCAGAGCUGCUGAUGGCCCUGGGGAUCGAUUCAUCAUUGGGGAAUCCCAAGCUGGUGAGCAGCCAACUCAGACUGUGAUGCCUGGUCAGGUAAUGCGGGUUACAACAGGUGCUCCAAUCCCUUGUGGUGCUGAUGCUGUGGUGCAAGUAGAAGACACAGAACUCAUCAGGGAAUCAGAUGAUGGCACUGAAGAGCUAGAAGUACGAAUUCUGGUGCAGGCUCGACCAGGCCAAGAUAUCAGACCUAUAGGACACGACAUUAAAAGAGGUGAAUGUGUGCUGGCUAAGGGAACCCACAUGGGUCCAUCGGAGAUUGGUCUCUUAGCAACUGUUGGGGUAACGGAAGUAGAAGUUAACAAGUUUCCAGUCGUUGCAGUCAUGUCAACAGGGAAUGAGUUGUUGAAUCCUGAGGAUGACCUCUUACCUGGAAAGAUCCGAGAUAGUAACCGUUCAACUCUCCUAGCUACAAUUCAAGAACACGGCUACCCAACAAUCAACUUGGGAAUUGUGGGAGAUAAGAAGCCAGAUGCUUUUAAAGAAGAAGGGACAGAGAGCUUCCAGAACACAGCGGAGACAGGCCUUCCAGAUUGCCCAGAUGAUUUACUGAAUGCACUGAAUGAGGGUAUCAGCCGUGCGGACGUUAUCAUCACAUCAGGAGGCGUGUCCAUGGGUGAAAAGGACUAUCUUAAACAGGUACUGGACAUUGACCUUCAUGCACAGAUUCAUUUUGGCAGAGUUUUUAUGAAACCAGGCCUGCCAACAACAUUUGCAACUUUGGAUAUUGAUGGUGUACGAAAAAUAAUCUUUGCACUGCCAGGAAAUCCUGUAUCAGCUGUUGUCACCUGCAAUCUCUUUGUUGUCCCAGCACUGAGGAAAAUGCAAGGCAUCCUGGAUCCUCGGCCCACCAUUAUCAAAGCCAGGUUAUCAUGUGAUGUAAAAUUGGAUCCUCGCCCAGAAUACCAUCGGUGCAUACUGACUUGGCAUCACCAAGAACCACUGCCUUGGGCACAGAGUACAGGGAAUCAGAUGAGCAGUCGUCUGAUGAGUAUGCGUAGUGCCAAUGGACUGUUGAUGCUACCUCCAAAGACAGAGCAGUAUGUGGAGCUUCACAAGGGCGAGGUGGUGGACGUUAUGGUCAUCGGAAGGCUAUGAUGUCACCGGCAAGGGUGAAGCUUUGAUGCAUGUCCACAUAUCAUUGACUGUAUCCUGUAAUAUGCAACGGCACAGCUAGUUUUUCUGAUUUGGAUAAAAGUUGAUCAGUAUAGUCAACAUCUUGAACUAUAUUUCAAAUGGAAUUUAAAUAAAUACCUUUUAAAAAAAACUUUAAAAAAAAACAAAUCUUAACCAAGAAAUUUAUUCUGAUUAUAUCAAAGCAACUUUUUCCUUUCUUGCAAUUGCUUUGUGUGUUCAAUGCUAGUUCUGAUAGCAGUAGCUUUUAGUAGACAGCAGUAGGUGCCUGCAGAACUUGUGUUUUUUCUCAUCUUUAAGAUACAACUACUUACGCUCUUAAAACAAGGCUGUCUGCUUAUUUAUACUAGCGUAGACAACACUUGGAUUUCCCUUAUUAGUAUGCUUCAUAACUGCUUCACAGAGAGCUUCUGCUUGUUCUUUAUCUUGUAUCUCGUGUUGAUGUGCACAGUGCCAAAAGCAGAGUGAUUGCACUGGGAACCCGAUCAAGCCCUGAGGUUUCCCCCCUCGCUGCGCGUUCAGGGAUAUCUCUCGGCCCAGCAGCCAUCCAGCUCAGUACUCUUGGGCAGUAACUGGAUACCUUUUAUUUGAACAAACAAACAAAAAUUGCUUCCUUAAGUGCUGACAGCCUUUUUAACCAAUACAUUUAAAAAUGUACAGAAUUAAAAACUAAAAAAAAAAAAAUCAAAGACUGAUCUUGUACAGAUAUUAAUGUUACCAGCAUUCAUGUGGAAAUCAAAUGAGCAAAGAAAUAAAACUAAUGUUAAACAACUCUGUACCAUAACAUUUUCUGUAAUGAUAUUGAAACUUAAAUGAAUAAAAAAAAUUCCUUGAUCAUUAUUUAAAA